CCAUCUGGCAACACUGCUGGAGCUCUCACUCGGUGCCGUCACAACACUCCCUGGCAGGUUGUCCUAAAGAGUUUAUAAUUCUCAUUCCGAUGGCGUUUGGUGCAGCAACUAGCAGUGCUAACAAACAACAAGUAAUGACUUUACUUAACAUGCUCUUCCUCACUGACUACAUCAGGACUGAGAUUUGCUAUGACAUCACUAGCUUCAAACACCGCUGGGCUGCAAUCGUAGGUAGUAGAAAGGAUGGCCUCUUCAGAUCCCAAAUUCCACAUUCAGACAUAAAGGUGGGAGAGGGUGGAUGUAACAAAGGGACAUCAGAAGGCCGUCCCACACAGACAUCUCUCACCACAAUCUACAAAACAGGAGGCAGAACAGGUCAAGAACAGUCCCUUAAAACUGUACAAUAAGUCAGUGUGAGGAUUAGUGAAUACUGUAUCUUCAGGAGAAGUUUGUAAGCAUGAUUAAUGUUAAUUGUCAACUGUGUAAAUCAUAAGUUACAAAUAUGAAAGUCAAGUUAGUGAUCCUAGGAAACUGAGGAUGAAAAGAAGGUUCACACAAGUGAAUCUUUCUCCUGAAAAUAUUGCACUGUUAAAUGUUGUUUAAAUACAACAUGAUGAUUAUUGUAAUGUUUUACCUUAAACAAGACCUUGUGACUAAUGCUUGUGAUCACUGGUGAGAAAGUUCCAAUACAGUACAGUACAUAAAUGUGGCAAGUGUUUGUCUCCACUGCUUGUGUACUGUUGAGAUAAAGUUAACUUUUGGUUAAGGUUUCCUUGUGCAAGAGUAACCUCCAUAACCACCUACAUGUGGUGACUUAUGAAUAGGAACCAUUUACCUGUGACGACUGGGAUUUAUAUUGUUUCUAUACUUUGAGUAUAAUAUCUCAAUGGUCUGUCCAUUGAUGAAAUAUUAUUUUGUACAAACUUUUGUAAAUUACAGUUUGUAAAAAAUGGCUGAUUUUGUUGGUCAAAUGGCCAGACAUGAUGACGAGGGAAAGUGUGUGUGUGUAUAUUGUGGUAAUGAUGCUUUACAAACGCAUACCUAUAUGACUGAACACGCUGAUGUGAUAGAUAUUAAAUAUGAAGAAGUUGAUGAAAGCUUUGACAGUAACUGUGAAACAACACAACAUGUGGCUCUGCUUGCUGAGAAAGAUAUCAAGUGUGAAGCAUUUGAUGUAAGUUAUAACAGUAACUCUGAUGAGACACAACAUGUGACUGUUGAUGGGAAAGAUAUCAAGUGUGAAGCAUUUGAUGUAAGUUUUAACAGUAACUCUGAUGAGAGACAACAUGUGACUGUUGCUCAGGAAAAUGUUAAAUGCCAAGGAAUUGGUAAAUGUUAUAACAGAGAGAAUCAGCUGAAGGAACAUAUGGUACACAGUGAGAACAAUUUGGAGUGUAGUAAAAGGAUUUAUUCACAGUACAAUCAUGUAAACCAGCAUUUGGAUAUGCUCACUGCAGAGAAAAAAUAUAAAUGUGAAGAGUGUAGGAAAAGUUUUUCCAGAAAUGGCGAUCUGAAGAAACAUUUGCUUAUACACACUGGUGAGAAACCUUUUAAGUGUGAAGAGUGUGGGAAAGGUUUUUCCGGACAGUGUAAGCUGAAGGAACACAUGCUUGUGCACACUGGUGAGAAACCUUUUAAGUGUGAAGAGUGUGGUAAAAAUUUUUCCAGAAAGAGUAAUCUGAAGAAACACAGGGAUAUACACACUAAGAAAACUUUUAAGUGUGAAGAGUGUGGUAAAAGAUUUUCCAGAAAGAGCGAUCUGAGCAAACAUUUGCUUAUACACACUGAUGAGAAACAUUUUAAAUGUGAAGAGUGUGGGAAAAGUUUUUCCCAAAAGCAAACUCUGAAGAAACAUAUGGAUGUACACACUGAGAAAACUUUUAAGUGUGAAGAGUGUGGUAAAAGUUGUUCCAGAAAGGGCGAUCUGAACAAACAUUUGCGUAUGCACACUGGUGAAAAACCUUUUAAGUGUGAAGAGUGUGGGAAAAGUUUUUCCCAAAAGCAAACUCUGAAGAAACAUAUGGAUGUACACACUGAGAAAAUUUUUAAGUGUAAAGAGUGUGGUAAAAGUUUUUCCAAAAAGUGGAAGCUGGAGGAACACAUGGCUGAACACACUGGUGAAAGAACUUUUAAGUGUGAAGAGUGUGAUAAAAGUUAUUACAAAAGGAAUCAUCUUAAGAUCCAUAUGUUAGUGCACACUGUUGAGAACAUUGUGAAGUGUGAAGAGUGUGGUAAAACGUUUUGCAGAAAGAAUCUCCUCAAGAUGCAUAUGUUAGUGCACACUGCUGAGAAAACUUGGGAGUGUGAAGAGUGUGGGAAAAGUUACUACAGAAAGCAUCGACUGGAGGAACACAUGCUUGUACACACUGGUGAGAAAAAUGUUAAGUGUGAAGAGUGUGGGAAAAGUUUCUACACAAAGAACAGUCUGAAGAAGCAUUUGGUUGUACACACUGAUGAGAAACCUUUAAAGUGUGAAGAGUGUGGUAAAAGUUUUUCCAGAAAGGAAGAUCUGAAAAAACAUUUGCUUAGACACACUGGUGAAAAAAAAUUUAAAUGUGAAGAGUGUGGCAAAGGUUAUUAUCUAAAGAAUGGGCUGAAGGUACACAUGCUUGUACACAAAGGUGAGAAACCUUUUAAGUGUGAAGAGUGUGGUAAAGGUUUCUAUACAGAGAACAGUCUGAAGAAGCAUUUGGUUGUACACACUGGUGAGAAACCUUUUAAGUGUGAAGAGUGUGGUAAAGGUUUCUAUGUAGAGAACAGUCUGAAGAAGCAUUUGGUUGUACACACUGGUGAGAAACCCUUUAAGUGUGAAGAGUGUGGGAAAGGUUUCUAUGUAAAGAACAGUCUGAAAAGGCAUUUGGUUAGACACACUGAUUGAGAAACUUUACAAUGAGAAGAGUGGUAAAAAAAUUCCAUAAAGGAUCGUCUCAAGAGACUUAGGUGUGUGCACACUGGUGAAAAAAAAUUUUAAGUGUGAAGUGUGUGAUAAAAAUUUAUUCCAGAAAGAGUGACCUGAAGCAACAUGUGUGUAUGCUGCACACUGGUUAAAAUAUUUAUUGUGAAGAGUGUGGUAAUAGCUUUUCCACAAAGAAAGUGAAGACACACAUUGUACACACUGGUGAGACAAAUUGUACUUGCUUUCUUUUUAUAUUUUACUUUUUUCCUCUUCACUGAUCAGCUCGUUAGCUGCUUGGGCGGUCAGUCACGUCUCUGUUACGCACUAUUGGCAGG